CUCAAACUGAUACGCAGCUGUUCACUUGACAGAUGAAAACUUUGUUCUAACCUCUAAUUUGGGGCAACUGGGGGAAAAAUCAUAUCGCCCAUAUGCAAUAGCAUUUACAAACAAAAAACAUAUUUCUCUGGUUUCCAGACCUUUACGCAAUAGCAAAUCAUUUAAACCCGAGCAACAAAUCAACUUUCCUCAAAUGGCCACAGCAACAAAGGCAACAAAAAGCGUUUACAGAUUAUUUGUAGGUAAUUUGCCUUGGACAGUUAGUCAUCAACAAUUGAAAGGAUACUUUAAGGAAUUUGGCCGUGUCAUCAAUGCCAAUGUUGUGUUUGAUAAGAAGACCGGUCUAUCGCGAGGUUAUGGAUUUGUUACAUUGACCAGCCUUAAGACAGUGCAAGCCAUUGAAAACGAACAGAAACAUUCAUUGGAAGGCAACUAUUUGAACAUACAAAAAACAUAGAAAAACCCCACCAUUACCAAACUAGAUUCCCAUAAGAUUAACCAUAAAAAUAAAGUAUCUAAAUUAAAGUAAAUUAGCCGAAAACAGCAAAAUAAUGGA